AUGACUAUGCUUCUUGAUAGCGGUCCGCAAUUUGCAUCGUUAGGAGUGGGGGGUUUCGGGACACCACGGCAUCACGAAAUCGGGAACAGAGACGCGAGUCUGGGACUGAAUCCUUUCAGCGAUUCCUCCCACUCCGCAGCCUUCAAAAUCAGCCCGGUGGCUCACGACAUCGCCUCCAGCCAGACAUCAGCUUUCACCCCGCAAGCCACUGGAUAUGCGGCUGCCCUGGGACACUCUCACGGCGGGCAGGUGGGCUCGUACGGCGGAGGAGCGUUCAAUUCAACACGGGACUUUCUCUUCCGGAACCGGGGUGUUGGAGAGUCCACAGCGCCGAGCGCCCAGCAUGGGAUCUUUGCAGCUUCGGCGGGGAGCCUCCACGGGCCGCCCGGGAUCCCCGAUAACCCCGGACAUCUGUUGUUUCCAGGACUUCACGACCAGGGGGUGAGCCACACUUCACCGAGCGGACAUGUAGUCAACAGCCAAAUGCAUCUUGGCUUACGCGGGGACAUUUUCGGAAGACCUGAUCCGUAUCGUCCGGUCGCCAGCCCUCGGACGGACCCCUACGGGGCUCAGCUCCACAACUACAGCCAUCCUAUCAACAUGAACAUGGGGAUGAAUGUGCCGACACACCACGGUCCAGGGGCCUUCUUCAGAUACAUGAGGCAACCGAUUAAACAAGAAUUAUCCUGCAAAUGGAUAGACGAGAACCAGAUGAACAGACCCAAAAAGACUUGCGACAGGACUUUCAGCACCAUGCACGAGAUGGUCACUCAUGUGUCCAUGGAGCACGUCGGCGGGCCCGAGCAGAGCAACCACAUCUGCUACUGGGAGGACUGCCCGAGAGAAGGGAAAUCUUUUAAGGCCAAGUACAAACUCGUCAACCACAUCCGUGUGCACACGGGCGAGAAACCGUUCCCAUGCCCGUUCCCCGGAUGUGGGAAAAUAUUCGCCAGAUCGGAAAAUUUGAAAAUCCACAAAAGAACACAUACAGGUGAGAAGCCGUUUAAGUGUGAAUUUGAUGGCUGUGACAGACGCUUCGCCAACAGCAGCGACAGGAAAAAGCACAUGCAUGUGCACACAUCAGACAAGCCAUACAUCUGCAAAGUGUGCGACAAGUCAUACACACACCCCAGCUCUCUCAGGAAACACAUGAAGGUAAUUAAUGUACAUGAGUCUCAAGGAUCUGAAUCGUCUCCAGCAGCAAGCUCUGGAUACGAGUCGUCCACACCGCCCGUGCUGGUCUCAGCCAGCACUGAAGACCCGACAAAAACACCGCCGUUAGCCGUACAAAACACGUCUGGCCACAGCGAAGGACUGGCUCCUAACUUUAAUGAAUGGUACGUUUGA